AUGAGUCGAAAGCCGACAUUAAUUGGUGACGAAUAUAAAAUAUUACUAAGAACACUUAAUCCUCAUAUAACGUGUCCCAGUCAUCCGUCCCAUUAUGUGAGCUUCGAUCGUACAAUGCAGGAGUUAGUGUAUAAACUUGUACCCGGUGUGCAAAUACGAGAGGAAGAGAAUCAGAAUGCUUUUUUACAAACGGUAAAAACAGAACCGAGUGAAAAAGGAUCUCCGGAAAAGUUAGAGAUUGAUGAAAAUGCGGUUGACAGUUGUUCGGAAACAAGAGAAUGUUCUGGUGAUUUGAUGGGCAAGCAUCAUCGGAGCGAUGAACAAGUUGCUGUGGAGCUCUGCACUGAUAAGCUUUCCAAAUUCUCUGAUAUUGAAAUGCCUUACUUAAGAUUAUCCGAGAUGGCAACUGUGAAUACGAUCAAGCGGUAUUUGGCUGUUACAUUGUUUGGUGAUAUAAGCCGAUAUAAUGAUUUGGAUAUUUUCUGUAAUAAUGAACUAAUGGGCAGAGAUUAUUCAAUGAAAUUUAUCGAAAAGACCAGAUGUCGAAAUAAACCAAAAGAUAUUCCAAUCAAAUUGCUAUUUAGAAAACAUAUCGAUUUUUGA